CCGGUAAAUAAUAUCCGACAUUUUCCAUGUGUUGCAUUUUUGAGUUACUUAUUUUUUAUUUAUUUUAUUAUUAAGUGAAUAAUAGUUAUUAAUGAAUAGUGUUUUAUAAUUUACAUUCUAAUUCAAAAAAAAAAUUGUGGUUAAUUAACGUUUUAUGAGAAUUUACGGUAAAUUUUCAUUGUAUAGAAAAGUGAGGUUAGAUUUGUGAUUUAUUUUAUUGAAAAAAAAUGUUCAGUGAAUAAAUUAAUAAAAUAAUAUUGUUUAUAAGUGAAAAAUAACAAUUAUUAAAAAACCAUGUCAUCACUCUGGAAAUUUACUUCACAAUUACAAAUUGUUCGCAGUAUUCUUCAACCAAAAUUCAAUUUAACAGAAAUAACGCAAAGAGAAUUGAAAAGACUCAAUCAUCCACCGAGAAAACGUUUAUCGCCAUGGUUAAAAACACCGGAACCACCGUUAAAUGAUAUUCUUCAGGAAAAUAUUUCAGAAGAUAAUAAAGAAUUUAUUCAAGAAAUUUUAAAUGAUAUGUAUUCAGAAAAUAAUAAAAAUUAUUCAUCUCCACUUAAAAUUGAACCUAUUGAACCAAACACUGAAUGGACAAAAUAUUCUCGACGUUGUGGAUUACUUGCGAAAAAAAUUGGUUCUUAUCCAAUGUGGACCAAGGAUGGCAAACAAAUUAGAACAACUCUUUUACAGGUUGUUGAUAAUCAAGUUAUUAAAUAUACUCCACCUGAAACUUUUGUUCCAAAAAUAGGAAAACCAAAAAUUCAAGUUAAAAAACCACUUGGUUGCAUUAUUGUUGGUGCUAUUUCUUGUGAUCCACAAUUUUUGACAGAAGGUUACAGUAAUUUAUUUCAAACAUCUGGUGUGAUGCCUAAAAAAGCAAUGGGAAGAUUUAUGGUAACUCCAGACGCAGCAUUAGAACCAGGAACACCUCUAUUUGCCACUCAUUACAAACCUGGAGAUAUUGUGGAUAUUAGAGGAAAAACGAUCGACCGAGGAUUUCAGGGCGUUAUGAGACGAUGGGGUUUUAAAGGUAUGCCUGCGAGUCAUGGUGUAACUAAAACUCACAGAAGACCGGGUAAUAUUGGUUCGGGUCGCGAAAGAGGAGUUAUACCGGGUACCAAAUUACCCGGACAUAUGGGAAACAGUUAUCGUAUUGCAAGAGGCGUUCAGAUUGUAAGAAUCAACACAAAAUAUAAUAUUCUCUUUGUCAAGAGUUCGGGUAUACCUGGUGAAAUAAAUAAUAUUGUCCAAAUUUAUGACACUAUAUUACCAACAAAAAAAUAUCAAGAAUCACCUGCAUUUCCAACUUAUUUUCCCACUGGCGAUGAACCCGAGGAUCUUUACGUGGACAAUAUUCAUCAUUUCGAUGAGCCAACUAUCGAAUUUGAAGAACAACAAAAGGCGACCAAGUAAUUUGUAAAUUAGUCACUAAAAGAAAAAAAAAAAAAUCUUUAUAAAUAAAAUAGAUCAGUUAAAAUAAAAUGCAAAUAAAAAAAAUUAUUCAACAAAAUAUUAAAAAUUUGUGUUCUGUUGAGAAAAAUCAGUACAAAAUAAUUUGUUUUUACUAAUAUUAAUUGUUAUGUAUUUUUAAUCGAGAACUAAAUUAAAUGUUAAGUAUUAAAAAUUGAAAUUUAAACAUUUCUUUAAAUAUUAUAUAUUAUAUUAUUUAUUAUUUAUUAUUUAUUACUAAUUAAUAAUUAAUUAUCAUUUCGGGUUAAUGACAAAAAUGGGUUUAUUUUAAAAAUAAAAUAAACUUGCCAAUCAUUGUCCAAAUGUAAGCUACAUUUUUUUAUUGUUGCUGCUCUUUCUUACAGAACGUUCGUUAUUAUUUAAUUAAUUAAUUAAUUAAUUAUCACUACUAAAGAGUAGUCAAUCGAUUUAUUUAUAGUAGUCAAUAUUAUAAAUUUAACAUGCCUAAAAUAUACACGAAUUGUUUAUAAAUGUAACAUUCUGAACCAAGACUCGACUCUUCGAAUUAGUCAGGGAGCAGCUUGUGCAAAAAAAAAAAAAAAUUAAUUUUUUUUUUUGGUUUUACUUUCGUAUGUUACGUUUAUUUUUUUAAAUAAGAAAAUCUUCUUUUUCUCUCCCUCUUUCUUUCUCUCUAAAGGCAUUCAAAUAUCGACUACAAGUAAAAUAUCCACCGUUUAGCGAAACGUAAUAAGAAAAAAAAAAAGAAAGUUUUUUUUUUCUUUCUUUUUUCGCUUCGCAAAUCCUUUGACUCCCAAGUCGAAUAAUGCUGCCUUGAAUUUAAUAACUGCAAUUCGUACGCAUUGCAAAAAUAUUAGAAAAAAAUUAUGUAAAAAUACACAACAAUAAAUGCUUUUUCUUUUUUAAAAAAAAGAAAAAAAAACGAAACAUAAUUUAGUCAUUCACAGCAGCAUCUUGUUAAGACUUGUUUUUUUUAUGAUUAUACACAAAAAAUAAAAUGUUGUACAAAUCCUUUUUUUUUGGAAGAAAAAACAACAAAAGAACACGAUAGAUUUUUUUCUGAUUAGUCGCUCCUUUUUAAUUGUUUCAUAUUGCUCUCUUUCUUCAUUUUUUUUUUUU